AUGAAAGGUAGAGAAGCUGCAGGCAAAGGACCACCUUCUGCUGAUUUACUUGUUUGUUUUCCGACCAGAGCUCAUCUACGGCUAAUGCCGAAGCCAAUCUGCAGUCCAUCUCGGCCGUCGGACACAUCCACGCGCCGCCACCAGCACCACCCUCGCCAACACCACCCUCAGCCGUUUCCUCAUCAUCACCGGAGGAAUAAAUCCAGCGGCGGCGGCCAUGCUAGCCCAGUGUUGUGGGCGAAAACGAAGGCUUCUAAUCAUCAUCAGAACUCUGACAUGUCUGAGCCCACGUCACCGAAAGUGACGUGUGCGGGUCAGAUAAAAGUCCGGCCCAGCAAGCCGAGCUCGUGCAAGAACUGGCAGUCGGUGAUGGAAGAGAUCGAGAGGCUGCAUAAUCACAGGAAGCAGAAGAAGAGGUCCGCGUGGACGGACGCGCUAGGGUUCAAGAAGGACGUGAUGCAGUUCUUGACUUGCUUGCGUAACGUGCGUUUCGAUUUCCGCUGCUUCGGCUCUUAUCCGACUGCCGUGAUCUCUUCCGACGACGAGGACGAGGACGAAGACGAUGACGACGACGACGAUGAUGAAAUUUACGAGAAGAAGGUGGGCCCCAAUUCCAAAGAGGAGAGUGACUGUAAUAAUAAUAAUAAUAAUAAUUCUGGAGAUGUUUUCUCCAAGUGGUUCAUGAUCUUACAAGAGGAUCGAG